AGCGACAGAGAGGAGCGAGGCAGAGGGGGAGGGUGACUGUAUGAAUGCAGUUUGCCGUCGUGUGUCGCUGAAUCACAGCGAAGUCUACAGGCAGAAUUGGACCUGAAUCAACAAAUGGAUACAGAAAAACUGGAUGUACACUGUAUAUGAGGAGAAAAUAAGGGAGGAUGAAGAGUCUGUCUUUUAUCUCUGCAUCAGUGAGGAAGCCACGGGGAGGGAAAGGAAAAUAACGGACAACUCAUUUCUCUCAUGCACCCUCAGAUACUGAGGAGCUGUGAGCCAGAGUGGACUGUGGGACUUGCUGGGUUUGAAUAUAUGCUCAUGCCGGUUUGUGUGUGAAUGCGAGUGUGAGUGUGUGAGAGCUGAUAAUAGCAGCCCCAUUGGUAUUCAGUGGAAGGAGCUCCAGGAUCUCGCUGCGCCUUUCCCCAGGAUGGGAUCACAGAGCAGGGAUUGUGCUCGCCUGUGGAGAGCCCGCUGAAAUGGAGCUGAAGCCCUGUGGAGAUGGCCACCAAAAGGACAGCAUGGAAGCCAGUGUACACCCUCCAGCAACUAACUUUCCACACCUAACUGCCUCUACCAUCUUCAGCCACCAGCGAGGGCUGGACAAAUCAGUCUGCAAUACCAGGAAGUAAAGAAAAGCAGAGGGUGACAAACCUCAGAGGAGUCAACUUACUACAAACCAAUCAACCUGUUGAGUGUUGAGAAUAUGAUUGAGCUUCUUGGACUUCAUGAGAAAUGAAGUAGGCUGCACUGAUGCUUGAGCAAUGGUAUGGAGCUGUCGGACAUACCCGGAUUUAUCGAUUGGACAUCCUAUUGAGAUUACGACACUUUUGUGCGCACCUCUGAGCUGGACCACUUUUUUAGAUUGGCUUGUUGGCAAAAGCAAGUAAUUGAAAAUCGCCCCUUGAGAGGUUCCCUGUUCUGAUUUGUUGUCUAGGACAAGGGCUUUUUUUGUUUUUUUAAAGAAACUAUUUCAACCCAGUCUCUUUAUCACACAUUUCUCUGUCUUCUUCACCAUCUUUCUUAUACAUUGUGGAGAAAUACAUUGUGAAGCAGUACCAUUCUUCAUCUUCCCUUUGUGACAGAGAGAGAGGAGGGACAGACUGUCCAGAAUAGAUAACAAGCAAAGAGACUGGCACAGAGAAGAGAAGGAGGAAAAAGAACAGAAUAUAGAGGGAAACAGGUAGAAAGGGACAGAAGAGGAGAAGGAAAAAAAAACAGAGAAUUAACUGGGAUUGUUUGAAAUCCUCUUGGAGACUUAGAGUCUCUCUCUAAUUUGUCUGUGCUGUGUUAGAGCUAGUUAGCACAAUGGGCAGGGGAGGGGUCAGGAUUUACACCAGGGGGGGCACUUGAGCAGGAGAGUUGGGUUAUAUCUCCCCUGCACCUGCCUUGUCUGCAUCUUAGUGUUUGGCAGGAUGACAGACUGAAGGAUGGACUGGUGAACAAACAGCUAUAGUGAAUGACAGACAAGCUCUGAGGCUGGAAAGACAGACAGGCAGACAGACACACGUGAAGACAGGUACGCAACCUGUUCCAACCAGCACGACAGACAGCGUGCAAUUCAUUGUCAUUCUAUGCAGUGUGUGGAGAAGACAUAGGGAAGGAAAGAAAGCAGAGCCUGAAAGAAAGAAGAGGACCAUCCCUGUGUUUGUAGCUUCUGGAGAAGCUCAGUUACUCUGCAUCCACCUCAGUCGGUACAGUGGCAAGCACUGAAAAACAGGCAGGGAAGGAGGUGGCUGUUACUAGAAAAGAAAUACAGGUUGGAGAGGGGGGGGGCAGGCAGGCAGAGAAAUAAAAGGAGAGAGCAGGUGUCGGAAAUCCUCCCCUUCAUCUGCUUGUCAUUUACUCCUUUAUGUUCUCUCGUUGUCUGGUGAGGUGAUUGGUUUUCUGAUGCCGGUGUUCCUCUGCUCGUAGGCCCUCCGCAGAGCCGAGGAAAACAAGAGGUGGGCUCACAGAGGAAACCAGAAAGAAACAAUGUUAAAGGAAAGGUGGAGCCCCAUUUUGAUUGACUAAUUUUUUACCCAUUCCUUUUCUUAUUUGUCAGGAUGGCUCAUAUUUCCCCCCCAGUUUUUUCUUGAAAUAAGAGAAAGAAGGAAGACAAACAUCAGCCCAGUCAGUCCCUCAUUGUCUUUGUACAGAGAAUUGAACCUCUCCUUUUAUCAGUUGUUGAUUUUUCUUGCCUUGUUCUAAAAGGAUUAUUUUCUCCAUCUAAACACUAAAAUCCUCUAGAUUCCCACACAAUGUCCUCAUGCCCAAUGUGAACCCCUCUGACUCUCCCACGGCGCCCACCCCUUGGCUGAAGUGUUAAAAUCCUGUGGUCUCCGAUCUCAGCGCCUGUGUUGACUCACUACUCCAGCGAAAAUAUGGCACAACGUUUCUAAUAUCGACUGAUUCAUUCUGUGGUGGUACAGGCAGCCAGCAGACCAUUCUCCAUGAGGAGCAGUAGAAGAUGCCGGCUCUGCCAGCACUGCUGCUGUCAAUACACUUCCUCUUUUUCCUGCUAGUCACCAUGCCACCAAGCUCCCUCAGUCAGAUCCCUCUGCUUUCCUCUGUCCGUAUGGCUGCAAUCCUUGAUGACCAGUCUGUGUGUGGGCGUGGCGAGCGGCUGGCGCUGGCCCUGGCCAGGGAGAACAUCAACAGUGUGAUGGAGGGUCCAGCCCGAGCCCGAGUGGAGGUGGGCAUAUAUGAGCUGCAAAAAGACUCCCAGUACGACACUACUGACACCAUGUGUCAGAUUCUUCCCAAAGGCGUCGUCUCUGUGAUAGGUCCCGCUUCUAGCCCCGCCUCUGGCUCUACUGUCAGUCACAUAUGUGGAGAAAAGGAGAUCCCUCAUGUAAAAAUUGGUCCGGAGGAAACUCCCCGUUUGCCGUACCUGCGCUUUGCCUCUGUCACUUUGUACCCUAGCAACGAGGACCUCAGCCUGGCCAUAGGAGCCAUCUUGCGCUCCUUCAGUUACCCCUCAGCCAGCCUGGUCUGUGCCAAAGCUGAGUGCCUGCUGAGAUUGGAAGAACUGGUGCGUCGCUUUCUCAUCUCCCGGGAGACUCUGUCAGUCAGGAUGCUGGAUGACAACCUGGACCCUACGCCGCUGCUGAAGGAGAUCCGUGAUGACAAAGUGGCCACCAUCAUCAUUGAUGCCAAUGCGUCUGUUUCCUAUCUCAUCCUUAAGAAGGCGUCAGAGCUUGGAAUGACAUCAGCCUUUUACAAGUACAUCCUGACCACCAUGGACUUCCCCCUGCUGAGACUGGAUGAUAUAGUGGAUGAGCAGUCCAACAUUGUGGGUUUCUCCAUGUUUAACACCACUCAUCCCUUCUAUCUGGAGUUCAUCAGGAGCCUCAAUCUCUCUUGGAGGGAGGGCUGUGACCUAACGUACCCCGGACCUGCGCUUUCAUCAGCGCUGAUGUUUGAUGCGGUGCACGUGGUGGUGGGGGCGGUAAGGGAAUUGAACCGCAGUCAGGAAAUCGGAGUGAAGCCACUCAGUUGCACUUCACCUCAGAUCUGGCAACACGGGACCAGUCUCAUGAACUACCUGCGUAUGGUAGAGUAUGAUGGUCUGACAGGGCGUGUGGAGUUCAACAGCAAGGGUCAGCGGACCAACUAUACCCUCCGGAUCCUAGAGAAACACAGAGGAGGCCACAAAGAGAUCGGAAUCUGGUACUCCAACAACACCCUGGUGAUGAACUCAACAAGUCUGGAUAUUAAUGUCUCAGAGACGCUGACAAACAAGACUCUCAUUGUCACCACUAUACUGGAAAACCCGUAUGUGAUGCGUAAAGACAACUACCAGGACUUCCAGGGCAAUGACCAGUAUGAGGGCUUCUGUGUCGACAUGCUGAGGGAGCUGGCAGACAUGUUGAAAUUCUCCUUCAAGAUCAAGCUGGUGGAUGAUGGGUUGUAUGGGGCUCCAGAGCCCAAUGGCUCUUGGACUGGCAUGGUUGGAGAGCUAAUCAACAGGAAAGCGGACCUGGCUGUGGCAGGGUUCACCAUCACAUCGGAGAGAGAGAAAGUUAUCGACUUCUCUAAACCGUUCAUGACCCUGGGCAUCAGCAUCUUGUACAGAGUUCAACUGGGUCGGAAGCCAGGUUACUUCUCCUUCCUUGAUCCCUUCUCUCCAGCUGUCUGGCUCUUCAUGCUGCUGGCCUACCUGGCUGUCAGCUGUGUGCUCUUUCUGGCUGCAAGACUGAGCCCCUAUGAAUGGUACAACCCUCAUCCAUGUCUGCGAGAGCGCAGGGACAUGCUGGAGAACCAGUACACACUGGGAAACAGCCUGUGGUUUCCUGUUGGAGGCUUCAUGCAGCAGGGAUCAGAGAUAAUGCCCCGAGCGCUUUCCACCAGAUGUGUUAGUGGGGUGUGGUGGGCGUUCACCCUGAUCAUCAUCUCCUCCUACACAGCCAAUCUGGCGGCUUUCCUCACCGUCCAGAGGAUGGAGGUUCCCAUCGAGUCCCCAGAUGACUUAGCCGACCAGACCAACAUUGAAUAUGGCACCAUCCACGGGGGCAGCACCAUGACCUUCUUCAUGAACUCUCGUUACCAGACCUAUCAGCGCAUGUGGAACUACAUGAACUCCAAGCAGCCCAGUGUGUUUGUAAAGAGCACAGAGGAGGGCAUUGCCCGUGUGCUCAGCUCUAAGUAUGCCCUUCUGAUGGAGAGCACCAUGAACGAGUACCACCGUGGCCUCAACUGUAAUCUCACACAGAUAGGAGGUCUGCUGGACACCAAAGGCUACGGCAUCGGCAUGCCACUAGGGUCUCCCUUCAGAGACGAGAUCACGCUGGCCAUCCUUCAAAUGCAGGAAAAUAACAGGCUGGAGAUACUGAAGAGAAGGUGGUGGGAGGGAAGCCAAUGCCCCAAAGAAGAGGACCACCGUGCCAAGGGUCUGGGCAUGGAGAACAUUGGCGGCAUCUUCGUGGUGCUGAUCUGUGGCCUCAUCAUUGCUGUGUUUGUGGCCAUCAUGGAGUUUGUGUGGUCGACGCGCCGCUCUGCAGAGACCGAUGAGGUAUGCCCCCAUACCUGCCCUCGUCGAACCCACAGACACACCCCAGUGUCUGUCUGUCAGGAGAUGAUCACAGAGUUCCGAAACACCGUCUCCUGUAAGAAGAACUCACGUAUGCGCCGCCGUCGUCCACUUGGCAGUGCAGUAAACCUGCGCCACCCCACACGCAUAGCUCUGGGGGCAUCUCGGCCCCUGCGCUUGGUCCGGGAGAUGCGCCUGAGCAACGGAAAGCUCUACAGUGGAGCUGGCCCCCUGACUGGUGGAGCAGGAGGCAAAGGGCCUUCAGAUCUGGGCCCUGGACCACAGCGGAUCCUAGAUGAUUCACUGGGAGCCAACACCACUCCUCCUCCACCAGCCCCUACCCCGGUGAUGUUGCCUGCUCGCAGUUGCACUCAUGUGAGGAUCUGCCAAGAGUGCCGCAGGAUCCAGAGCCUGAGAUUAGGCAGCAGUAUAGGAUCAACCUCAACAAGAAUACCACCUUCAUCGGCACCCCUGCCCCGGCUACCCCCACCCCCUCCACCAUCCUCAUCCAACACAGACAGUGAGGGUGGAGGGGGGGCCAGCCCGAGACGACUGCACCACAGCCCCCCACCUCACACUUCCAGACCCAUUCCACCUCCACAGAGCAGCAACACCACAAACCUACUGGGGGACAAGGACUGAGACUGGAGGCAGUGGAGCAAGGUGAGAGGCCUGCAGGGAGCCAGUGAUGUGACAGACGGACAUUUGCUGCUGAAAGAAACACUUCUUGUUUCCACAGGUGAAAUUCAUUGGAGUACAAAACAGGGUGGGGGGGGUGGGGGGACAAAAAACUGUUGAAGUUGGCCAGUUGAGAUCAGCCAAUAGAAAAAGAGAUGACCCUUAAAAGGAGAAUAAACAGGAAAAAUGUAACCCUUUCUCCAGCUGAGCUUGAGGCCUACAGAGAAAAGAACUGGCUGUAAGCACAGUUAAAGAUUAUGUAAUCAACUCAAAAAAAGGGUUCAGUUUGGACAAAUCUGAGCAGAAGUGCACAUGACAGGCUGACGGUUCCCAUUAAAUUCCCUUGUCUCUCCCUACCCCCCUCUUUCUUCACCUUUAGCUUUGAGGGCACUAGUUUUUUUCCACAGACGCUAUCAUGGAAACAAACUACCCCUCUGUUAAAAUGAAGCCUUGUUGGACGACAUACCGUAACUGUAUGUGAUUUUAAAACAUCAACUAAAAUACUUUCAGAGAAUUGUUUCCUUUUUUGGUCCGCUUCUUUACCAAUGUUCUAAGUGGGAAUUGCACAGUUAAUAUGGACUAUGUGUGACAAUACAGUGGAUUAUUACAUGCCAAGAAACUUUGGCUAAUAGUGUAGAGGAGUUUUGUGCCCCUCCCUGUGGCCCACAGUUUGUUUUUGGAUAGUUCACUGACUGGCCACUUUAUUAGGUACCCCUCUA